AUGUCAGUCGGACUGAUGGAAAGACUGAAGCCCCUUGCGGCCCCUCUGCGGCCCACCUGCGGCCCCGUCGCCGCCACCUGCGGCCCCGUCGCCGUCACCUGCGGCCCCGUCGCCGCCACCUGCGGCCCCGUCACCGUCACCUGCGGCCCCGUCGCCGCCACCUGCGGCCCCGUCGCCGCCACCUGCGGCCCCGUCACAGCCCCCUGCGGCCCCGUCGCCGCCACCUGCGGCCCCGUCGCCGUCACCUGCGGCCCCGUCGCCGCCAUCUGCGGCCCCGUCGCCGCCACCUGCGGCCCCGUCGCCGCCCCCUGCGGCCCCGUCGCCGCCACCUACGGCCACGCAGCCGCCACCUGCGGCCCCGCCGCCACCUGCGGCCCCGUCGCCGCCCCUGUGGCCCCAUAG